AUGGAGCGCGACAUCUUCGUCAGCGCCGCGGCCGGCAAUGCCGCGCCGGCCAUUAGCUCCGUGGGCAACGGCGCGCCGUGGAUGCUCACGGUCGCGGUCGGCACCACCGUCAAACUCGGCAACAGCCUAACGGCCGCCGCCUCCCCGGUAACCGCCGCAGCCGCCGCCUCCUCCUCUGUUAACUGCCGCCGACCUCCGCAAUCAGCGCCGCCGCAGACCUCCGCAACCAUCCCCACAACUGCCGCCCAACCGUCUUACCUGAUGGCCAAGCUCCCGCCGCCGGCGAGCCACGCGCUGCUGCGCGCGCCGCUCCCCUACCCACACGCUGCCGCCCCUUGCGCGGGCGCCAACCCUACCCACAGGCGCCGCUCCUUCUUCCCUCGCCGCUGA